AUGGAAGGAGCCCGUGUGGCAGUUGGGGCUGGGCAGUGGACCCGACUCGUACCGGAGCGACCCGACGUGCCCGAUUGUAUGUUCUAUUUGAAGACCGGGUUUUGUGGGUUCGGUGCACGAUGUAGGUUCAAUCAUUCCGGGACCGUGGUUCGUUGCCAGGUCGUGGGAGCUAUGAGAGCUGGAGGAGGCGAGUAUCCAGAGCGAGUGGGCCAACCAGUGUGCCAGUAUUAUACGAGGACAGGAACGUGUAAGUAUGGUGCAUCCUGCAAGUACCACCAUCCAAGACAGGAGGUGGAUCUCCCAUCUCUGUGGCACUCAACAUUUCUGGCUACCCAUUACGACCGUAUCCUUUCUUACCUGCUAAGAUGGAUCCAAUUGAUAAUGUGUCAGGGUGAAAAAGAGUGUUCGUACUACAUGAAAACAGGGCAAUGUAAGUUCGGCGUAACCUGUAAAUUCCAUCAUCCACAACCAGCUGGUACACAAGUGCCAGCUCCUCCUGCCGGACCUUUGCCUGUGCCAGCGCCUGUCCCACCUCCAGCUAUUUAUCCCUCAAUGCAGACUCCAUCCAUUACAUCAUCUCAACAAUAUGGAUUGGUAGCAGGAAAUUGGCCAGUUGCAAGACCUACUUUGGUCCCAGGUUCAUAUCUUCAAGGGGCAUAUAGUCCUGUGUUGCUCCCUCCUGGGUUGCACUCAGCCCACCGUUGGGGGCCCCCUGCUUAUGGCAUAGCACAGUUCUCUCCUUCAGCACCUGCAUUUAUGGGACCCUAUUUAUCAGUGCCUUCUUCUGCUGGCGUGGGAAGUAGUAGCCAGAAUGAGCAUAUGUUUCCAGAGCGACCUGGUCAGCCUGAAUGUCAGUAUUACAUGAAAACUGGAGACUGUAAAUUUGGGUCAUCAUGUAGAUACCACCACCCACCGGAAUGGAGUUCACUAAAAAUUUUUUCCCUUAGUCCCAUGGGUCUUCCCCUCCGUCCGGACCCCUCUCUUUGUGAAGGUCGGGGGAGGAUGUUUUGGACAUGGACUCUUGAGCUUCUAGAAGCGUACAUGCUUCUUAAAUUCAGGUUACAACUUGUUCCUUCAGCUGUUUAA